AUGAGCGACGAUGAGGUCUUUGACGACCUCUUCAUCUCCGACAUGGAGCCUGAGGAGCUUUACGAAGAGCUUGGCCCCAUUGGCGUCGGCAACUACGGGUCCGUCAUUAAGGCCCGCAACCGGCAGACGCAGGCGAUUGCAGCCAUAAAGCUCGUGCUCCUUGUCGACAAGGACGAGCGGGACUUUGUGCAAAAGGAAAUCAGCAUUCUGAAGAAGUGCGUGCACCCGAAUAUUGUACGGUACCACGGCGCCCACAAGUCGCUUAGCAAACUGUGGAUUGUCAUGGAGUACUGUGAGGGCGGGUCAGUGGACAUGGUCUACAAAGUCCUGCGGCACCCGCUUCCGGAGCCCCUCAUCGCCUACGUGUGCCGCCAGGUGCUUCUCGGGCUGCAGUACCUGCAUGCGAACCGCAAAAUUCACCGCGAUAUCAAAGGCGGCAACAUUUUGCUCACCCGUGACGGAGACGUGAAGCUGGCUGACUUCGGCGUCAGCACAGAGCUGUCCCACUCCCUUUCACGGCGUAACACGUUUGUUGGGACGCUGCUUUGGAUGUCGCCCGAGGCUAUUCUUGAGCUUGACUACGACGAGAAGGCAGACCUGUGGAGCCUGGGCAUCACGCUGAUUGAGAUGGCGGAGGGGGCACCGCCGUACAUUGACACGCACCCGGCCCGCGCGCUCUUCAUGAUCCCAAAGGUAGACCCCCCAACGCUGCACGACAAGGACCGCUGGUCACCGCAGAUGGCCCUCUUCUUGAAGCGGCUUCUGACAAAAGACUAUCGGCUUCGACCCACCGCGACAUCCAUGCUCAACGACCCCUUUGUGGCGCCGGAAAACAUUGGAACAAAGGAGCAGAUGAAGGCUGUCAUUGACGAGGUGCUUGCCAAGAGGGAGGCGAUGAGUCCAGGACGGCUGCAUGGCGACACGAAUUCAAGCGCGACCUUUGUAGAGCGCACCUCCACAGACAGUGACAGGGAAAACGGGGGUAGCGACGACAGCGGUCUCCGCGGGAGGGCGCCCCCUUGUGUAAAGGUGCCCGCCAACGCUUCCCCUGCCACUGAGGCCAUUGACAUUACUGGAUCCCAUCUUUUUUUUCAUGACGGCACACUGCUGCCGCUGCCAAUGCUCUCUACGCAAGACAUUGGGUUUGAUGAGCUUCGGUUUGAUGGGGAAGGCACGGGUCCCUUCGCCAAGCCUGUGCCUGACGCUGAAGCGCUGCUCGUGCCACCAGAGCAACGAACCACAGCUCUACACGGCAGUGACGGACUUGCGUACACGAUGCACGUGACUCAGACUCUUAAAUCUAUGUUGUAUUACCACAAACAGUUGCCAGUGUUUCGAGAGGUGACGGACGCCGAGGCGACAAAAUCCAAGGAGCUCCAGCUGAAGUACGGAUCGAUUUUGAAGAGUAUCUAUCGCCUCUGA